AUGGCGAACUCGGCGACCUACUCAGAGCCGAAAGGGCUACAAGAGGCCCGACUACGGCGACGCCCCUCAGCCAGCAGAUUGUUUGAUUCGGUAGCGGAGCCACAACAACGUUCAUCUGGGCUCCAGUGCGCCGAGUGGGAACUGGCUGCCCUUUCGGGUCGAACCCAACCGUCAUCACGUAGUCUCAAGGAGAUCUUGGAGCUUCAGAACAUUUCACUCCAUGCGCCAUCGACGAAUGCGCGCCUUCAGGAAAGCCGAGGGCAGAUGCACGAAGUGGAACAGGCUUUGGCGCGACACAAGGAACACUAUGCGAAAGAAGAGGAGCAGUUUCGAAUCAAAGAAGCCCAACUGAAAGACAAAGAGGCGCAGCUCCACCUCCAGCUGAAUAGAUUCAAUAAGUUCGUCGACACAAAUGAGGAAAAGAGAAGGCGUGCAGAGAAGCGCGCUGCUGUGGAGCGUGAGGCCAUCAAGGAGAAAGAAAGUGCCAUUGCGACGCUGAUGGUAGAGGUGGAGCAGGCAGAGGCAAAAGAACAAGAGCUCGAAGCCGGCGUUAAACGAUACAGAAAGUUUGAGGAGUUCCUGACGGCAGUAAUGCACGUCCGCGAUGAAUUUCCAGAAAUUUCGGACAUGAUGAGCCGGUAUGAUCUGCUUCAAUCUGUCAACGGGACCCUCGUGAAAAAAGAAGAGGAGCUGAACCUCAGAGCCGACAAAAUCAGAGGCGCCUACCAGACGUAUAAGAGACAUGCAGCAAACGAAAUUCUGGAGAAAAACAACUCAGUGGCGGCACUCCAACGAGAACUAGAAAUGUAUGAAAAGGAAAAGACCAACAGCCAAGGUCAGACAGAAGAAAUGCUUAACCAUGCCAGCGAAGAGGCCCUGUACUUUGGGAAGUUGCUGCUCUCCGUCGAGAAUCUAUUCCAGCGGUGCAUAGAAAAAAGACCGAAUAUACAGCAUGCGAACCACCUGGUGAAGCGCUUGCUGCGACGUCAAGCGGAGGCCCUGGAAGGCGAUGCCGGUAUUCCUGGUGCAUCAAAUCCCAACUCUCCUUGUCCAGCCAGCAUUCCUCCACUGACGUCUCCUUCAGCAAACCCAGCUUCCGGCAGUGCCUCCAUCGAUGACGGCGCCAGCACUGCGAAGAGCUCCGUCAUUGUGACAGUUGCGCCACCAGUAGGGCCGAGCGCCAAAAUCACUGGGAAGGGAGGCCCUGGUCGGCGCCUCGAGGGCGGUUCUCCAGCGGAUACGAGGGAGCGGAGGCCGACGCGCGAAGGCGCUGACGGCAACGCAGCUAAAAUGCAGUCGUCGCCGCAGCCGUCUCUGGCCUCUGAUUCCAUGCCAGUGGACGGGUUCCCACACAACACUACGCGGCAGUUGAAGAAAGUAGCAAACGGCAAUACCCCUCUCCUGACCAGCAGAAAAAGACGCGAAAAUAAGGCGAGCGAGAAGACAGGGGACGCUGAUGAGGUUGACGAACAGAAGCAACUCUGUGAUGAUGCAAUCCAGAUGCUGGGCGUCGUUGCAAACUACAUGAGAGACUUCAAAGAUAUCUGUGACAUUUUGACAAAGAGCAAAAAGCUGCAGCAAAAGGGGGCUAAAAUGGUUAACGUUUCGCUUGGAUACUGCCGGAACGAGGAGGUCGUUGAAUUCGUCACACUCCGGGACGUCUACGCGAUGAAGGGAGGCGGUGGUAGUGCUGGCAGCCAGGGAGCCAGUGACGCCCUUUCAAGCGGCUCCAGUCGCAGAUUUGUGAGCAGAACCCGGGGUCAGCUGACCGCAGGCCCCACCGGGCAGAUCUACCGAAACAGAUUGAACUCGAGGUCGACGGCCGCUGGAAAUUAA